AUGCCUUUCCACAAGUUGGUUAAGAACAGCGCGUACUUCAGCCGCUACCAGACGAAGUACAAGCGGAGACAGCAGGGCAAGACCGACUACUACGCCCGCAAGCGCCUCAUCACCCAGGCCAAGAACAAGUACAAUGCGCCCAAGUACCGCCUGGUCGUUCGUUUCACGAACAAGGACAUCAUCAUGCAGAUCGUGACCUCCGAGAUCACCGGCGACAAGGUCUUCGCCUCUGCCUACGCCCACGAGCUCAAGGCCUACGGCAUCACCCACGGCCUGACCAACUGGGCCGCCGCCUACGCCACCGGUCUGCUCAUCGCCCGCCGUGUCCUGAACAAGCUCGGCCUCGACAAGGACUUCGUCGGCGUCGAGGAGGCCGACGGUGAGUUCACCCUCACCGAGGCCGCCGAGACCGACGACGGCGAGCGCCGCCCCUUCAAGGCCUUCCUCGACGUUGGUCUUGCCCGCACCUCCACCGGUGCCCGCGUCUUCGGCGCCAUGAAGGGCGCCUCCGACGGCGGCAUCCUGGUCCCCCACUCGGAGAAGCGAUUCCCCGGCUACGACAUGGAGACCAAGGAGCUCGACGCCGAGACCCUCCGCAAGUACAUCUACGGCGGCCACGUUGCCGAGUACAUGGAGACUCUGGCCGACGACGAUGAGGAGCGCUACCAGAGCCAGUUCCAGAAGUACAUCGACGACGACAUGGAGGCCGAGGGUCUUGAGGACCUGUACACCGAGGCCCACCAGGCCAUCCGCGAGGACCCCUGGAAGAAGGCUGAGAGCGACGCCCCCAAGAAGAGCAAGGACGAGUGGAAGGCCGAGUCCAAGAAGUUCCGCUCCCAGAAGCUGUCCAAGGCCGAGAAGCAGGAGCGCGUCCAGAAGAAGAUCAAGGAGCUCCUGGCCGACGAGUAA